UGGCAUUGUGGUGAAAUGUCAGUAUUUAUCAAUCCAGAUUCACUUAUAUUUCGUGUGGUUUAUAUUCUUUUUGAUUACCACAAUUCAUAGAGUAGUACCAUCACCCCUCAAUUCAAGAUGGAGGAGACAAGGGAUCAGGUCAUACAAUCGGAGCUUGCACAGGUGAAGCAGAAAGCUCCAGUAAUUGAGGGUAUAACUCUGGUCACAUGUGUAGAGCUGUCAGUCAGACUUGGCAUCAAGGUAACGGACCAGAAACAUGUCACACUUAUCGUCAUGUUUCCACCUAAAUAUCCUCAUGAACCGAUCAUUAUGGAACUGAAGAGUAAGACCUUGUCAGAGAAACUGCUGGAUGGCCUGCUCAAGGUCUGCGAGCAACAAGCCAAGAAGUGGGUCGGUCAACGUCAGAUUUUGCUCUUGACCAAUUUUGUGCUGAAUUUUCUACAUGAAAAUCCACUGUGUGUAUGUAGUGAUGAAAUACAAACUGUGAAAAAAGACUUGUUAACAUCAGAGGAUUCUCUGAAGUUAAAACAGAAAACAUCGGAAAUAGGUCUUAAGAUAAGACAAGAUAAUUACUACAUGAAUAUACGGAUAGGAAUACCAGAGGGCUAUCCUGCCAAACAAGUCACUGUAGAAGUGGAUGAACACAACUACCCAGAUUUACUGAAAACAAAUUUUGCAGCCCAGGCAAUUGAAAUAGCUAGACGGUGUGUCCAGGCUCCAAUAAAAAAGAAACCCAAAGACCCUCCUUUCCAGGUCAAGCCUUCACUAUUUCCAGUGUGUAAAUUUCUAAUCCAAGAUUCUUUAAAGAAGUACCCUAGAAUGAUGUGUCCAUUAUGUAAGGAGCAGGCUCUCCCAACAAACCCAUCAGAAAAACAGACAGAUCCUAGAAAAAAUGUAGAACGAGUAUACUGCGGACAUUUAUUUCAUUUUGGAUGUUUAAAAAGAUAUUUAAAGACACCUCCCUUUGCAGAUGGUAAAAAUUGUCCUGAUUGUGGUAAACAGAUCUUCCAUGAAAAGUGGCGAAUAUCUCCUCAGCUAGCUGAGGCGCGAUGGGCUCACAAACAAGCACGACAGAGGGAGCUUGCCGAGGUCAUGGACUUUCUGGAAUGAUGUUUAAUGUUACCUUAGUUUUACAAUUUUAAUUAUAAAUUUAGAUUGUUGAGAUAUGCGUUGUUACUGCAGCAGUUCAUCAUGCUGUGAGGACAACACUGGUUUUUAGCAACCUCAAUAUUUAAUGUUACAGAUCCACUUUACAUAAUAUUGUUUAUAUGCUUUACGAAUCUCAUUUAAAUUUGUAAAUCAUAUGGAAACUGAUACUGUCCUGAACAGCUUUCUGUUAAAAACUGGUUAAAUCACAUUUAAAAUAUCGAAAACUUUAUUUGUUAUUCAAAGACAAAUUAAGACAAAUUCAAAAUGCUAUUUACUCAAAAAAAAAAAAUUUUGAAUAUAACAAAGGGUUGAAAAAAAUGAUUCACUGUGUAUUCCCCCUUCAUUAAAGAAUUACAUAUCUCUAUCCAUUAGUGAAGUCCAUCUGUCUAUACAUGUUAGCUAGACUUUGUGCCAAAAGUUACUCUUGAAAUAAAAGCAAAACAGCCAUUAUACUAAUUGAGGUACAGAUAUCUUGUAUAUUAUGGGUUAUCUAGGUCACUGACCUAUUUUUCUGUGUACGUGGAUCGAUAUUGAGAAAUGCAAAAAAUGGUACUGUAUCAUAAAUAUAGGUCACUUUUACCCAUAUUUUCUGCGUGCGUGGAUCAAUAUUUGAAGAAAACAAAAACAGAACUACAUUAUAAAUGUAGGUGACUGUGUCGUAUUUUUCUGCUUCAUUGAUUUUUUGGUUAGACUUUGUGUUGAAUAUUGCAUUUUAUCUAAUUUCAUCAAUGAAGGAGUUUCAGAUGGGUGAAGGAGAGUAUCAUGGGUAUCUUUUACAAAUGUUUUUAAUUUCCACUUCAGAUAACCAAGAGUCCUACAUGUCAGGGAUAGUAAUUGUGUCCCAUUGUUCGACCAGAUAUUUGUAGCGGGCAACAACAUUUAGCAUCAAUCAUAUUCAGCUUCAGCUUCAGUGUCGAAAUUAGUCAUUUUCAGAAUUUGAUUUUUGUGUGAACAGGGUUUCAUUCAUGUCUUUCUAAUUGCUGGAUUUUUCCCCCUGAUUACAGAAUGGCCUGGACAUUUUUAUCUCCAACUUAUUCACUUCAUUUAAGUUUCCACUGUUUUUAGGAGGAUAAUUAACAUUGAUUAUAUGAUUAUGUUCAGGAAUCAGCUUCAUUCUUUACACAUUCAAGUUUGACUUUGAGGACAAUUUCAAUUUCAGUAUUACAAAUUGAACUACCUGGUAGAUGUAACAUGUAUUGAGAUAUGGAUAUUUCUGUCUGUAAGUUUAUAGAUAUUGAUUUCAAAAUAAAUAUCAUGCUUACAUUUUGUGUAUAUUUGUUUAACAAUGACUAUUAAAUGUAUGUAUUUAUUUUCAAAGCUAUUUUCAAUUCCAACAUUACCCAUUUAAUUUCUUUCCAAUGCAAGUUAGCGCUUGCUGUGAAUACCCAUGGUAUUCCAGAGUCCUUCCAGGAAAAAUGUCAAAUAAAUUUUUUGUUGGACAGCACAGCUUGAUCAUUUUUUUUUAAUGUAAAGGGACAAACAGAUUGUGUUGUCAACAUUGACUGGUAUUUGGUUAAUUAAAAACCUAUUUUUGUUGUUUUUGUUCCCCGACAGUCUAGGAACCUGCUUGUGAGCACAAACCCGAUUUGUCAACUUUUGAAUGUAACUUUAAGUGGAAUAUUUAAGGAAUAUAGUAUGGUAGGGAUUAAUAUGUAAAUGCAGACCUUGAAACUCUUUGUAUGGUUUUGAUAUCAUUGUCAAGGCCUGCAGAUCGCUUUCUCAGUUCCCAAUAUCUUUUUCAUAAACUUGUGUCUAAUUGGUAAAGCUGUUUGGAUCAAAUGAAGACUAGAUAUUAGAAAAUGAAGACUAGAUAUUAGAAAAUGAUGCUGUUAAUUGCAUUUGAUAUUUAAAUUCUCUUUGUUUUGUUCAAUUAUGAUUUAAGUGACUUACAAUAAAUGAAUGUUACAAGCCUUAAUGCUAAAAUUCAUGUUUGAUAUAAUUAGCUUAAAGUACUUUACAUUUGGGAUGAAUUUCCUUGCUUAAAUGGAUAAAAAGUGAUCCCUGCAUUAUGUAAAUUGUGUAAAAAAUUGUUGUCGAUAUGUACUGUACCUCUGAAAACUGAUGCCAAUAUAGUACGUGUGUAUCUGAGCUUAUUUAUGGUCGUUUUUGAUAAUGUGUAAUUGCUGGAUUGCGAGAAGGAAGCAUGGACUGUCAUUUUACCUUUCUGAGAGUUAUUACAGGUGUACACAGGAAUUUUUGUCUUUGUUUUGUCAAUAUAUAGGUAUUACACAUACAUGGUGUACAAGUUGUUGUAAACAAGAAUGUUUCCUACCUGGUCAUCAAGUAUUUAGAUUUUUGUAAGCAUUUAUAACUAUUUUUUUCAAUCAUAUUGAGACCCUGCUAGUGCAAUACUGAAAAUAGUGUUUCGUCUUUAUCAAAAGUUUCACUGUUGUUAGAAAUACUAUUAGAACAUAAACCAUCUACACAGUUUCUAGACUAACCAGAUACUAUAGUUAAGGUGCUGUACUGUCAGGCCAACCAUCAUCUUUGCCACUUCUAGAUUAAUAAUGUUCUGUGAUUGUUUGGUAGGUUUAUCGUCCCCUGAACAACUAGGGUUACUUUAAGGCGGUGUUUCCUGGAUGUGACUGGUGGUACAGCACUGAAUGAUUAUUUGAAGGCCCAUCACAUGCUAUCGACUAGUGACUGGUGUACAGCACUGAAUAAUAAUUCAAAGGCCCAUCGCAUGCUAUCGACUAGUGACUGGUGGUACAGCACAGAAUAAUAAUUCGAAGGCCCAUCGCAUGCUAUCGAGAGUAAUUAAAGUAUCUAGCCGAAAGAUAAAAUCAUGACAGACUGGUCCAUUUCUCGGCUUCGUUAGAAACAAACCAAAACGGGAAGGGGGUGUCUGUAAUUGUUAAAAAACUGAUUAGGAAUAAGGCUUUCAUGAAGAAAUGUUAUUUUAGAAGAAUAUUUACUUUCAGAAAUGGACCAUUUAUGUAUUUUUUUCUUCAUAUUUUUUAAUUAAUUGGAAUAGUUUGAGAUAGUUUGGGUGCAAUUUUUAUUUUUGUCCUAGUUUUCUGGUAUGUGAUUGUUUAAAAGCUUCUAAUAGCCAUAAAGAAUUGGACGGACCGUGCCAAAGAGGGUCAUAAUGAUUGGCUGUUGUCAAAGUGAUACACUUUUCUACUUGACAUUUCUACAGCCUAUCCCACACUUAAGCAAUGCAAGUAUUGAAAUUCUUGAGGCAUUAAAAUUAGAAUUAAUCUAGUAAGGGAAGCAAGCCAAGGUCAUAAAAAUACAUUUCUGUAAAACAGGUAAGGUACUCCAAAGUCGUUUUCAUUUAAGAGAAAAAACAGGUACAUCAAUGUUUUAAAGCAAAACUUCUAAUUUCUGACAUGCCUUGGUAUUCCUGAUUUCUGGCAUUAAUCUGGACAGAACUGCAAAUAUUAAUACAGGCCUCCAAAGGCUUGUUGUCAAGGUUACAAUAAACAAAAGAUGAUGAGCAAGUCUGUCCUAAUUUCAUAACUGAACCAUUCCGGUGCAAUUAGUCAAAAUAAUGAAUGACAUUGGGCCGAGUAAAAAAGGAAAAUCCUUCUUAAUUGAAGAUAAUUGAUGUAGUGGUACUGUUUACCUGAAGUAGAUAUUGUUAUAUCAGUUUUAUAUUUACAGUACAUAGAUACAGCUGACAGAACUUCCCACAUCUGAAACCUGUGGUGUGAUUGGCCUUAAGCAGCUUCAAUAUACCAGCUUCAUAUUUACAACAAGGUGUAGCCAUCAGCUCUCCCUCACAUCUUAAGGCUGUGUAUGUGUGCUGAAAGUUGAGAUUUAUAUCUUGUGAUACUUGUUCCACCCAAUAUAACUGUAUUAAAGAUGUGAUAAUUUUAA